AUGCUCGACGACGACCCCGCGAUUGUCGCGCGUCGACGCGCCGAGCGCGAUCGCGUCGAGUGCGAGAUCGCGCUCGGCGCGAGCGUUUCGAACGAUUCGCAGAGGAUUGAAGACCUUCGCGCGCGAAUCAACGCUUUCGUCGACGCGUCGACGUCGGGGCACGUCUGGGGCGUCGACGCGUUGCGGUUUAACGUCCACGAUCGACCGAGCGGAGUGAAUCGACGGGCGACGCUCAGGGGGUCGAUUCGCGUGGGCGACGGCGCGGCGGAGGACGGCUGGCUCAUCGCGCGAAUAGCGCGCGACGUCACGACGACGUUCGAUGAGAACGACGUGACGUGCGCCAGGGUGUGGGACGAGGACGGUGAGUUUGUUUUAGUGGAGUGCGCGGAGACUUUGGAGGCGUGGGUGACGCCAGAGCGGGCGGAGGGGACGACGUUUUUUGUCCGCGGCGAGUUGCGGACGGUUGACGGAGACGCGUUGGGUGGCGAGCCGGGAGGCGAGCGCACGAGGCGCGCGAUGGAGAUUGUUGAAAAGACGAAGGGGUUGGGGAUCGUGACGCAGGAAAUGGUGCGGGCGAGGUUGGACGCGGUGGAGACGAGGAUCGUGGAGCAUCGACACGCGGCGUUCGCAAUUAUGCCGCGGUUGUGCGCGAGGAUUUUAGCAAAGGAGCCGCAGCUCGUCGCGCUCGCGAUGGACAGUCUACGCGCGCGAGAUCCCGUGGGACUGCGUGCUGCGGCAAAGAUGGAGGUCUUCGAGCCGAAAGAUUUCCAUCCGACGCUCGUGCAGAUGUCGCGCGCGCUCUUCGUGCAAAUCACGAGCGAACACUUCGACGCGCCUCCAACGUACUCGACGUCGUGCGAUGAUCCGGCGGAGCGUCGCGCGCGUGAAAUCGGGAUGAAAAUAGCGUGUGGCUUAGAGAUGUUUAUCGCGGAGUGGACGCCGCGCAAAAGCAGUGAUGGUGAGUCCACGAGCGACGGCGAACCCGAGGACGACCCGGCGUGGGAGCGCUUCAAAUCGAGUCUUACGACGAACGGGUACUUUCGAGAGGAAAUAAUGGGAAGCAAGCUCUACAAAGACCUAUUGACCACCGCCGUGCGUGAGUAUCGUCGCUCCGGUCUUGCCACCAAGGUUCGGCGGGUGCAGAACGAGUAUGUUCAACGCGUGUCAGAAAUUUUAGACGAGAAGUACGAUGCCGACGACGUGCCGCACGCGAACCCGUCCGACGCGAGUGACGAGGAUUGGCUCGUCAACGCCGAGCAAGAGCUUAUGGAGGAAUUGGCUAGAUUAGAGAAAGAACGUGAGAAAUCGCUCGUGGAGGCGACAAAGAAGGCUAAAUCAUUUGUCAGCCGUGAAUCCGGCUUUGAGGGCGUCGAUCACAACGCCACCCCGGGAUCGUGCCCUGGUGAUUUGAAUAUUCCCAACGGCGACGGCGUUUUCAAUUUGGACGCGCAAACGUUCCUAAAAGAGCUCGGCAAGGCGCUUCGCAUGGGGGAUGACGAAAAGUUCCGAGCGUACAUGGGACCAUACGGCGUCGACUCGGACGAUGACCAGUCUUCCGACUCCGACGACGCCGACUUUGACUUUCCACAAAGCGAUAACGAGAGCGUCAGCUCACGGGGAUUACCUGAGGACGAUUACUUCGACGCGCCGCCCGCGUCUAUAUCACGAGCGAAUUUCAUCCACGUGGACGACGACGCGCCGGACAGCGACGACGACGAUCGAGCGUUCGCCACCGAAUACGACGCCGUCCUCCGCGCGCAGCUUGCGGAUACCAAAAUCGACGUCACAGAUUCCAACGCCACCGAUGCCGACGUUUCUGCCGCGUUAGCGAGUGGUUUGCUCGCGAGCGCAUCCGCCGCAGCUGGCGCGCCCAGCGCGGCAGCUUCGCUCCUCGCCGCGAGCGGCGCCGACACCGACGCCAUCAACGCCCUCAUCCGCGCCGUCGAUCGAAAAUAG